AUGUUUCACAAUUUAUUGAAAUCGAAUGCUAUUUUCCUCGCUUCGAAGCAUGGUCAUCAUCGAUUUUUAAAUGUUUUUACUCGAGGAUAUGUUUCCGCUCAAGGCCAAAAAGAAUAUUUGAAUAAACACCUGAAGGAUAUUGACCCCGAAGUUUAUGAUAUUAUAGAACAGGAGAAAAGGCGGCAACGAGAAAGCAUUGUUCUUAUUCCUUCAGAG